UUUUCUGACAGUCUUUCUGAAAGAAUUUCAUGAGUGGUGUGUCUCGGCCUUUUUAGAAGUGAAUCCGAAGUUCCAUGUGCGAGAUUAAAGUGGGGUUUUCCAGUUUUGCGAAUGUUUUGGUUUGACGUGUCAGUGACCGAACCGUUGUGUUUAGUACUAGGAGUGAGGAUGAAGAUUAGGUGCGAUUUAUAAAAAAUUCGAGUCAAAAUGGGAAGGAGAAUAUAUUGCUCAUCCCACUCUAAGGCCUGUCAUCCUUGUAACGACGACGCAUCCACCACUCGUGUACCUGAACCGGACAUCUAAUUCUACGAACGGAACAAAAUUCUAAACAAUACUGUUACAUCUACUGAUAAUCAUCGAAAAAAAAAAUAUAUAUUCGUAGCAAUAUCAGUCGGACAGGGACUUGGCGGUGGAUCUAUUUUAGCAAAGAAAACAUAUUCCGAGGAGCAGAAUUUCAAAUUUACUAAUUGGAGAGGAUGAUCACCCCGGAGUCAGCGAAGAUCGCGGGAGUUUGCGGGUAUAGGCGAGGACUCCCGAAGAGGGAAUGAGGAAUCCAGGGCUGCAUCUCGUCGGGAUCGCGGCGUCCCCUGGAGGAGGUGGGGUCUUCGGGACCAAGGCCGAGGAGGAGUUGCGCCAGUGGCUGGACACACGUUUGGACGAAUUGGGAAUUGACCCAGUCGCCUACUCGCGGUUCGUUCUCAGCCUUUUGCGCCACCCCGACUCGGCCCCCACUCCCCCGGGAGACGUGGUUGGUAGCGUGGGUGGUACCGGCGGUGCUACCGGCAAAGGAAGAGGACGCCGUGUCCGCACACGGCCCAGAACAAGGCUGCCGCUUCAAGGGGACAGAGAGCAAAGGCGUGCUGUCGUACAAUGCCUUACGAGUGCGGCUGACCAGAAAUGUGGAGUAGAGUCUCUAGUCGACGAGCUGUGCGCUAAAUUGCGAGAUUUAGAAGGAGGCACAUCCAAAAAUGAGACCGAGGACGAAAAGGAAGAGGGUCAAGCUAAACCUUCCCUAGAAACUCUUACUCCACAGGACAGGGCUCUCAGAUAUUACGCAGCAUUUCCGGCCUUGCAACCUGCCACCCCCAAGAAAUUCCCGCACAGAAAAGACAAAAACUUGGCCCCCAACAACAUUAUCAACAACAACAACAACAAUAAUAAUAACAACAACAACAGUAACAAUAAUAGAAACGGUGGUGGUAUCGGCAACACCAACAAAAACAACAGAAAUCGUCAAAAAAAGACCAAGAUGUCCAUCACCAUUGAAUCGCAUCGCGAAGUUGAGAAGGAAGGAUUUGGAUUUGCCAAGUCGAUGGAGCGGGAACGUGAGCGAGAAAAGGAGCAGGAACUCGAGCUGGACCGAAUUCGUCUUGCGCAAUUGAAGGCGAAAUUUGACGAGACUCUGGAGGCUUUAUGGGACACGGGAUCGGGCAACUCGCAGGGCACCGAUUCCAUUUGGGCCGCACCCUCACUCUCGAUUCCCUCGAAGCCACUUUGGCCCACCGAAGUUGAAGCCAGUGAAGCGGCAGCAGCUCCUUUCAUCGUUUCCGCUUCGAAGAAAAAGAGCGAGGAACAAGUGGAGGCGGCGGCGACGGAGGCGGACGACACACCGUUUCAGGAAUCUAUCGUUGACGACUCAUCGCUUGUUGUACCCUGGAACCUUGAUUUAGUUGGCACUAAGGACUGUUCUGAUGAAACUGGCAACAAAAAUAACACACAAUACAAUGUAACUUGGUCUGAAACACUGGACGGAUCAUGGUGCUGGCGAAGUCUCGACAAAGACUCGACAACCGCGGAUCAGAGUCCGUCGACGGGCGAAGCCUUUCCAGUUGUACCCUGUCAAAGUACUGCCGAGACAGUCACCAAGGAGACUCGCUUCGCGCAGAAGGUAAACAGCCUUCAGGAACCGGACGAAGAUUUAUUGACUUCGGCUCGCACCCACUUUCGGCCAAUCCGCGACGACGGUCACUGGGCCGAUGGAACAACGUUUCCCGUGAACGACACGGUCGAGCGAGUUGCCUAUCGACGCUCCGAAUCGGGAAAUCUGCUCUAUCUGCCGGGAGGCGAGAGUCCUUACAUGGAAUAUCGUGAGGACGAUGCACCAGUCUCUUCUCCGUCCUCGGCUUCCUCGUCGUCGUCGUCGGGGGCGGGAGCGGGAGCGGGGGCGGCGGUUUCCGCCAAUCUCACCCUAAAAUUUCGAGUGAGACAGUGCGACAAGUGCAUUCAGACGGAGCCCAUACGAUCGCCUAUCAAACGCAGAAUUCUCUCGGAGCAAGAUCGCUUUUAUUAUUCCACGAACGACGCUGAAGAAGAGGCUGCAACUCAAGAGAUUGAUGAGACGGAGAAAGAUGGUUUUAUUCUGGAACAACUUGGAUGGGCUCAGGCUCAGCCCACUGUGCUCUUGCACAACGAGAGAAAGAGGAGACACAGUAGCAGCUUCAGAUACCGGCCGCUGGCAGCGUUGCGUCCCUUGACUUUAUAAAAAAAAAAUUCUGCAAAAGAUGCGUGACCCGCAAGUUAUGUUUUAGCUUAGAAAUUUGUCGAUAUCUCGACAAAGGAGGCGAAACUGUAAUAUUUGGCAUGGGGGUCCUCUUGGCAUGUGGAAUUUGUUAUGCAUGAAUCCAAGAUGGCACUGUUAUCUCCCUUGCCACCUAUAGGCAACAGUUUAAUUAAGGCAAAACAAAAGUCAGGAAACACGAGGAUGCGAAGAAACUUGUAAUAUUGAAGUUUGUUUGGAUGAUGUUUUUAUUAUCAUUAACCGUUUAUCAGAAGAAAGAGAGAGAGAGAGGGAGAGAGAAAGAGAUAAAAAAAGAAAAGAAAGCAAAAAAAGUGUAUACCUGAUGCCUCGCUCGAUGAUGAUGCAAAUCGUCGAGAAAUUAGUACGCGUGAUUCCCGAUUGAUUAAUUAUUAUAUGUAUAUUGUUGACGAAUUAUCCCCAUUGUUUUGCUUUUUGAAAAAAUCGUGAAAUUCACUUGUCCUUCUUCCCUAGGAUAUUAUUACUCUUGUAUAUUUUAUGCCCCUUUUUAUCCCCGUUUGGCCCACUCUGGAAUUGCAGAGAUGUCGAAGGCCAAACAAGAAUUCACGCGCAGAUUAAUAAUAAUAAAAAAAAUAAUAAUAAUAAAAAUAACGAUAAUAUUAUGAAUGAGAAUGUUGAUUCUGACAAAAUUGAUAAUUGAUAACGUACAAAAAAGAAAAAUGAUAAAAAAAAAGAGGCAAGAGGUCGAUUUCUUUGAUCUUUUGCAAAAGCUGCACGAUGGUAAGACAAAAAAGCACUCGAAGCUCUAUUCUAUUUCCUUGUUAUUUUCUGUAAUUAUUAAUGAAUUAUCGUAAUCGUAUUUCCCAAUUAUAUUUUAACUCCCUAGAAGUUUAACACCCUCCUUAAUCCCAGACUCCUUGAUAUCCUUAUGCUUCCCUUCACGAAUCCCUAAAAAAAAAAAAAACCCAAGUAUGUCGAAAAAACGUACGUGUAUACAGAAACAAUGUAUUUGUAAAAGUUCAUACCUCGGAGGAGGUGAAAAGCAUCGGAGUCGCUGGAUGAUUAAAAAAAGUCUUUUAAUAGAAAUGAGGCAAAGAUAAUUAUCUUGAUGAUAAAAUUAUGGUGAAAGUAGAAAAUGUGAAGGAUGUAAUAAAGAGAGUAUUAAUACUCUGAACAAACGAAUGUACACGAUGCAAGUGACCAAAUAAAGCCAAUCCAGACACUGCAA